AUGAAGGUCUUUCGGCUGCGACUGGUGAAGCUCGUCCUGCUGGGCUUCCUGCUGGCCAACCUAGUGUUCUUCUACUACACCUGGAACACGCUGCUCUGGCGCCGGAUUAGCAGAGCCCUCACGGGGGAGUCGGUGGCCCCGGAGGAGCCGCCAAAAGCGGCCAAACUGUCGCCCAAGGAUAAGGUGCACAAUGCAAACAAGCACAUACGGAAGUCCAUAACCAUCGUGUUCUACGGCCACUACAACUUCGAGCAGGACCUCAGGGCCAGCAUCGAUAGCAUCCUGGACGUGAUACCCAACAUGCCCAUCCUGGUGCUGCAAGACGGCGGUGCCGAGUAUGCCUAUCCGCCGGUAAAUUACGAGCGUAAUCUAACCGCCGGAGAGGAGCGAUCCGUGGUCUUUCAAAGUCUGGCCUUCGAUGUGCGGCACUCGCGGCAGGAGCUGAAUCCCCUGGCCGCCAUUCGCACCAAGUACGUCCUCAUCAUGCCGGACGGUGUGCGGCUGAGCAGCAAGAACAUCCUGCAGAAGAUCCUGCGCGAGAUCAACUCACUGGGCCAGCCGGGACAGCCUAAGGAGCAGCGGCCACCGGUUCCGCCGGAGGAGACAGUGCGUCGGAUGGUGCUGGUCCCGUUCGCCGGGAACCUAAAGUCCUUCAGCAGCUGCGUCAGGAUGACCCUGGAUCUGCCGGACUGGACGCUGGAACUGGUGGCCACCAAUGACAGCAGACGAUGUGAUUUGUUCCUGCAAAAACACGCAAUCCUGCUAGAUGCAUCCGUUUUGGGAGCCAUGCCCGAGCCAUUUACCCUGCCCUUCCCGGAGAUGCUCUACAUGCAGGCCAAAAUUGCCAAUUUGUCGACCACGGUGUUUCCGCAAGCUUUCCAGGAGGGUCGUCGUUUGUUUGCCUCGUUUCACACCAAACAGCGGAGGAUGGAUCUGCGAAGGAGGCAGUUCCGUGAGAUGUACAAGAAACUGCAAAUCAAGCGGAUUGUGAGGCGGGCCUACAGGGUGCCCGGCAAGGCCCAGGCGAGGGAGGUGUGGGGUCAGGGACACGGCUUGGUCCUGGACGGCCAGUUCUCGUCGUCGAACACCUCGCUACCGCUCAUUACCGACAUCGAUUUGUUCGGCUGCGAACGGACCACCAAGUCGUGCAUCGGGAGUGUGUACAACGAGAGGCCCUACUACUCCUACCUGGGCAAGCACACUCCACCCUGCUGCCUGGACAAGUUGAGGACGACCUUUAACCACGUGCUGGAGGAGUUCGAGAACGUGGGCAUACGUUACUGGCUGGACAACCGGGCCCUGCAGAGCGCCAUCGAGACGAACCACCUUUCUCCGGAUGCCUACGACAUCGAUAUUAGCUUCAAUGUCCAGGACCUGGAGCGAUCCAAUGCGAUGAAGAAGUCGCAGAGCAAGCCGUACGUGGACAACGAGGGAUUCUACUGGAUCAAGGCCACCGACGGGCACUAUUUCCGCGUCCAGUUCUCCAAGCCCAACCAGGUGGGCGUCAAUCUGCUGCCCUACUCCAUUACUGGAACGGAGGCUCGGGCCAACGGAUUCUUCGGCUGGAAGGCCACCACCUUCUCGGCGGACUACCUGCAUCCCAUGUCCACGGUGCUCUUCCUGGGCAAAAGCGUUAUGUGUCCGAACAACGUGCUCGAGUAUCUGGAGGAGAAGCACAUUAAGGUGAGGUCCGCUGACCUGGAUGCGGAGGAGGAUUAGGCCAACUUGAUAAGAGCCUUGUCUUAAAACAAAAGAAUUCCAUGAACUUAACAACAAGAGUGUGUGAAAAUAAUAUUUCAUAUAUGUUUUUGUCUGCUGAACGCUGAGAUUAUAAAUUAAGAUCAGUGACUAUUUAAAUCGUGAUCAUUAUGGAGUUACAUUCCAAGAAAAAGCCAAUUCUAAUAGAUUAUCCGUCGGUCGGUUCCAAGUUACAGAAAACCAAAAUUUAAAGAAAAUUGGUGAACAGGGUAAAGACUAAACAUCAAACUGGACAAAACU